CGUAUCAUACCAAGAUCCAAUAUCUACUACUGUGGGAAAACGAAUGAUUGUUACAGGCCCAGAUUAUAUAAAGGAUCAUCUACCUAAAAUUCAUCAGCAUACUUCCUAUAUAGGAGAAAAGCGUCCAGUGUCAGAAAAAACUGGGGAUCUCAGAUAUUUAUGGAGGCCUGCCCCAAACAGAAGCUUUCCAGCAAAAUAUAAACAUGAGCAUGUUGGUGAAAUUGGUUGGGGAAUACCAGACUAUAAUUUUAUCAACAAAACAAGACUUGAAUCUGGCUUUCACAUCAAGUAUGGAGAAAUAAGUCAUGCUGCUAUUGAUCAAAUAACCCACAGAUAUCAAAGCCCAUGGCAACCAAAACCUUAUAUUAUGGAUAUGCAAGGAGGAUAUAGUCGUGGUGCCAUUGCUUGGCAUAUUGGUGAUUAUGAAGACACCCAUCAAAGAAAUUCCAAAUGGGCUAUCCUUGUCAGGCAGAGUAAGUCACCAAGAGCUUCCAGGCCAUCUAAGCUGCAAAAGCUACCUGAAAAGGAAGAGUAAUGCUACCAACAGUUCUAAAUUCAGGUGAACAAGAGGCUGCCCAUACCUUUAGUGCUGCUGGCCCUGACAAUGGGAGGAAGAGGCUAAAAGAGAGGAUGAACAUGAUUUCCACUAAUAAUGUUCUAAGAGGACUUAGAAAGAUGAGUGCUAAGGGUAAAUACACUCUCAAGGUCCCUUUAAUUGUAUUGAUGAUGGACACCUGUCACAAUCAGGAACCAGGUAAAUGUACAAGCAUAAGGUACACAUCUGGCAAUGGAAAACCUCAUGCAUGAUACAGCACUAGAUAAAGCUCUAGGAGGGGAAAUGUAAACACAAGCUGUUGUUUCAUGUCUGAGCUUGCAACUUUAGUAUCUCACUUAAAUUACUAGAAAUGGGCAGUGUGGGAUUAAAAAUUUCACUUUCUAGCAUGAUACUAAGCCAGGGAGAAGACUAACAAAGUUUUAUCACUAGUCUACAGUAUCUAUUACUGAGUUUGCAGGUAUGAAACUCAGUAAUAGAUACAAAGAGCACGCGGGCCAUCAGGGAGCAGCAGAGGCACACAUCGGAUGGACACCUG